UUUAAGAGUGUAUCGCAAAUUUAGUUAUAGUGUUAAAUGUUACAGUAAAGAAAUGUGGCUAGAUGGAACGCUGGUAUGAAUCAUUCCCUGAUAUAUUCCGUUAACCAAAUUGCUAAAAAAAUAAUGUAUAAGCCGGAACAGACCUAAACCACUAUAAUGAAAUCAGCUUCAAAAAAUGGGAAAACAAAAUAGUAAACUCAAGCCUGAAGUUUUGGAAGAUCUAAAACAAAAUACAGAAUUCACAGAUGCUGAAAUUCAAGAAUGGUAUAAAGGUUUUUUGAAAGAUUGCCCUAGUGGUCAUUUGUCGGUAGAAGAAUUUAAAAAGAUUUAUGGAAACUUUUUUCCAUAUGGCGAUGCAAGUAAGUUUGCAGAGCAUGUUUUUAGAACAUUCGACUCAAAUGGCGAUGGAACUAUUGACUUUAGGGAAUUUUUAUGCGCAUUAAGUGUAACAUCUCGUGGAAAACUGGAGCAAAAAUUGAAAUGGGCAUUUUCAAUGUACGACUUAGAUGGAAAUGGAUACAUAUCGCGGCAGGAAAUGCUGGAAAUUGUUACGGCAAUAUAUAAAAUGGUUGGAUCGGUCAUGAAAAUGCCCGAAGAUGAGAGCACACCCGAGAAAAGGACGGAUAAAAUUUUUCGUCAAAUGGAUAGAAACAAAGACGGUAAAUUAAGCCUGGAUGAAUUUAUAGAGGGAGCAAAAAGUGAUCCUUCAAUAGUGCGGCUUUUACAGUGUGAUCCGCAAGCACAUUAGCUUAAAAUUGAUAAAACACAAGCAAUAAACAUUCAAACGUGAAUUCAUUAAAUAUUGUUUUGCAUAAAUAAUGUAUUUUAAGCAAAUAUAAAACAAAUCAAAUCUUAA